GUGAAGCAAACCGCAGCCGCGGAUGGAGACCCACCGCAUAUCAACCGCCGGAUCAGAACACAGACGGUUUCAGAUUUGAGAAGCAACGGUAGUUGCGGUGUUGCUAGUAAUGCUGCCUCUACUAUUUCCGGUUGUGCAUCCGGCAGUGCGAAUGACCGGCCUGACAGCGCAGACCCCUCCCAAUCAUCUCUAACCACAUCACCCUCCCGACCCAAAUCCUCACGAUUCGUUCAACACCUCCGACGCCUCACUUUGCCACUGGCCUUAGGUCAGCUUCUCUCUGCCCUGAUUGCCGUCACCGGAAUCGCGAGCAACUACCUUGUUGGAUUUGGUGUUAGUCUGCCUCUGACUCAAAAUCUACCCUCAUACUUCCUUCUGACAAUAGUCUAUGGCAUCUUCAGUUGGCGUCGUCUUCUUUCCCCGAAGGAGCCUCCCAUGACUACUAUCACAUCAGAGGAGCCCGUCGAAGCUGAGGAUCAAAGCGGAAUUCAGGAGGACUGUGAGGAGUCGAUGAAGAACGCUGAGGCAGUCGUGGUGGUUCCAACUGCCUCUGGAGACACCGAGUCUCUC